CAACAGCAGAGCCGACUGCAGCCCGGAAAAAAAGACAGAAGCGCCUCUUGUAGCAGCGGAGCUAGCAGCCUCCAUGUGUGUGCUGUCACAAGGGUAAAGGGUCUGCGAAACCAAUCUGACACUUGUAUAUUUUACCUUCUCUUUCUGAAGACCACGGUAGACUACAUCAAAGGGAACGGCAGGCACCGACAGAGACAUGGCGACAUCCAGCUCCUGUGUUGUGAUCAGUGAUGAGGAGCAGGGCUACGACCUGGACCUUUUCUGCAUACCAAAGCACUACGCCACCGAUUUGGAGAAGGUCUACAUCCCACAUGGACUCAUCUUGGACAGGACAGAGAGACUGGCCAGAGAGAUUAUGAAGGAAAUGGGGGAACACCAUAUCGUGGCCCUCUGUGUGCUCAAAGGGGGCUACAAGUUCUUUGCAGACCUGCUGGACUACAUCAAGGCCCUGAACAGGAACAGUGACCGCUCCAUCCCAAUGACAGUGGACUUCAUCCGCCUGAAGAGCUACUGUAAUGACCAGUCGACAGGUGAAAUCAAAGUAAUUGGAGGAGAUGACCUGUCUACGUUGACAGGCAAGAAUGUCUUGAUUGUGGAGGACAUUAUCGACACAGGGAAGACAAUGAAGACAUUAUUGCAACUCCUCAAACAGUACAAUCCCAAAAUGGUUAAAGUAGCAAGUUUGUUGGUGAAGAGAACACCAAGGAGUGUUGGCUACCGACCAGACUUUGUAGGAUUUGAGGUCCCUGACAAAUUUGUGGUGGGAUAUGCACUAGACUACAACGAGUACUUUAGAGAUCUAAAUCAUAUCUGCGUCAUUAGUGAAACUGGGAAGGAGAAGUACAAGGCAUGAAGAGCACUUAAUAACAAUUUUUAACGUAUGGUUAUAUCUUUUCUGUUUGAGUUUCAUUUUAUAUUUUAUUACAUCAUAUUUGUGACAUAAAAAAAAUAAUCAGCCUGCUCAGGGUCCCUGAGGAUACACUGGUAUAGUGACAAUCCUGACAGUUUUAGGCCACCACACACGCUUUGGAGUAAAUGAAUUGCCUUUAGAUAGAACCAUGUCUGGGUUAUACAGCAUGGAGCCCAGUUUGCUUGAAAUUAGUACAAUGCUUCUAAGCCCCAACACUGAUUAAUCACUGUUUAAGCAAUGGAGUAAUUUAAUGCUGCUAGCUUGAGGUACAACAUCACAAUUUUUGUGCUACUAUAAGAUUCCAACAUUCGACAACCUCCUAUUUUAUAAAAUAUUGCUUUUAUUGUAAUCCUACUUUUACCGGGAACUAUCAAUAGCUGCUUUUUAUGGGCACUCUUGAAGAGGAUUUUACAUUUUCUUUAAGUCUCUAUGUAUAUUUUGGGACAGAAGACUUUUUUAUGUAACGUGUUAUGUUAUAUGAUAAUAUAAACUGUGUAUAAAAAAAAAAAAAAAAAAAGUAACACAAAUGCUGGUUGCUGUCCCUAAUUUAACACAUGGAUAUGCUGAAGAUGAAAUAUCCUCUUAUUUAUGAGUGUAUAGUGGUUAUUUUGUCUGAACAUGCAUCCAAUUUCUUUGUGUACCACCGAGCAUCAUUUUAUAUGAUGGAAAAUAUUUAAACUUCAACUGAAGUUAAAUGUUAUUCAAUCGUAUGUUUGAAACAAUUCAUCUGUAUCUAGCUAUCAUUCGAUCAGGCAGACUUGACAUAAUUUAACUACUAUUUUUUGUGCUACUAUAUAAAUCACUCUCAUUCAAUGGUGCCAUCGCUUUAAACAAUUGUCAACUGAAUUUUGCAACACCAGCCAUUAAAUGUUCACACCCUUCCUGUGACUAGUGGGUUUUACUAAAAAAAAAAAGAAGCUUUGUACAUAAUCUAACACCAAAUACAUGGAACAUUAAAAUAGUUUCUGGCAAAUGUAUGAAAAUACAGGGAAAUGCAGUAGUGCAGAGAAGAUGAGUAACUUCCCCCCAAAAAGUGUGAUUUAUGUGUUCUUGCAUCAUGUCCAGGAGCUAACUGAGCUCCGAUUUUUCUAAGAAUGAAAUAAACUGUCUGGACAAGUUCAGCCUUCAGUGAGGUUGAAGACCAUGCAUGUUUGACCUGUUGAUGUUGUCACCUAACUUUGACCUACAAGCUGCCUAACUGUACACAAGGUCACUGAUUAAGACCAAAGAAAGAACGUGUUAUCUAAUGUGUCACCACUUAGAGUCUUUUGCAAAGCGUCUUCACAUUACAUAUUUCAUGUGUCCUGUUGCAAUGUAAGUUCAUUGGAAAUGUCUCCCUAUAUCUGUUCAUGUUUAUGUACUGAUGGUGUCUGUGUUUUUUGCAAAUCGACAAAAAAUGAGUUAGAGAUUGCAAAUCAUCAUUUCUAUGUUAUGCCUUUUGUCAAUUUAUUUGUCAUGUUAAAGACAGCAACAAACA